UCUCUGAAAAAUGAUUAUGAGAUUCGGAAAAGUACUUCGCAAUUAGGACAAUUGCUGAAGUAGUUAGUAAAUGAGUGUUCGGAGGAGUUUUAUGGCUCAGGUUUGGAUUUGAAAGACUCUUGCGACUCUUUGAAGCAAUGGUCAAGCUCACUGCUGAUCUGGUGGCUUCGUCCGCACAGUUCGUGAAUGCUCUCGGAGAUCGUGAAAUUGACCUGCGAGGCAACAAGAUUCCCGUGAUUGAGAAUUUGGGAGCUACCUUGGAUCAGUUCGACACCUACGACCUGUCGGACAACGAGAUUCGAAAAAUAGAUGGAUUCCCACACUUACCUCGGCUGAAGUGCAUCUUGCUAAAUAACAACAGGAUUCUUCGUAUUGCGUCCAACCUUGAACACCACCUGCCGCAUCUUGAGACGCUAAUAUUGACGAAUAACAACCUUCAAGAACUUACUGACCUUGAUCCUUUGCAGACAAUCAAAACAUUAACAACACUAUGUUUACUCAAGAACCCCGUAGCAGCAAAUAGCAGCUACCGCCAGUACGUCAUCAGCCGUCUUCCUCAGCUUCGAGUAUUGGACUUCAGAAAGAUCAAAGAGAAGGAAAGAGAAGAGGCACAAAAGAUGUUUGGAGACUCGCACGCAGCGUCUACAAGCAACACGUUUGAGCCUGGUGAGAAUCUACCAGCAAGAGCGCUUGACCAGGCACCCGCACCAGCUGUACCCCCUCCACCGAACAAAGAUGUUCAAGCCAUUCGGGCUGCCAUUGCUCAGGCGACAUCACUUGAUGAAAUGCAGCGCUUAGAAGCUUUGCUCAAGUCUGGUGGCGUGCCGGGCAAAGGCACUACGCAAAGAUCGGGACGUGGACAGGCCGAAGAGGAGGAAGAUGAAGACAUGGACACGAAUGCGCAUAAUGGAGUAUCAUGAUGUUCUUGUCCACUUCCGUGACUCGAUGUGUGUGUGUGUGUGUGUGUGUGUGUGUGUGAUGUGUGUGCGUGUGGCAGUGUGCUGUUGACUUUUCUUCAAGCCGCAUACUGACGUGUAUGUGCUUUUCCAUUUACGUGUUUUAUUCUCUCCGUGCUGUCAAGUUUCUUUGUCAAUUCUGUUAACUUGCACGACCCACCCUGGCUACUACUGAUCAUUCGGAGAAGCAGUCCACACUCUGGUUUUAAUGCAUUUUUCAUCGCCCUAUGAAAUAGAUAAAUUAGUACAAAAUUUCCAUGACAUGAGUCUAUGCUGUAGCUCAAAUAGGCGCUAUUGAUGCAUCGCCUCAGUUUUGACAUAUGUACAAUAAUUUGAUGUUUGUAUUAUUCAAGUUAGGUUUCAGACUCAAGCUUUAAAAAAAGAAGAAAAACAAUAAUAAAUGAGCAGAGUCUGGGUGCUA